AUGACUACACGCAAGGAUGUCUUGGUGGCUAAAGUGCAACAAUUACAAAAAGACCUCAAAGAAGCCGCUGUGUUGAAUACAAAACUCCUCCAAGAGCAGGAAGAGAGUGAACAGGAAUUUGAGCGUGUUGUUCGAACAAAUACAACUCUCAAAAGUCAGCUUGCAAACCAGGAUAUUGAAUUUGAGGACAUGCAAGGGCAGCGGGAUGAACUUCAGGCUGCUGUUGACCGGUUCCAGCAAUGCCAGGAGAUACACGAGCAGGCAUUGCAACGCAUUCAGGACCUGGAACAACAGCUGGAGGAGUCAGAGUCAAAAAAUAUUUGCAAGUAUUGCUCCGGCCAGUCCGGACCGCCUAACAAUAAUUUAAGUAUUUUUGCUGAAUUUAAUAGUUUUGAACUAGAUUUAGAUAAUGAAAACACAGAACCGGGCAGCGGCUACCCUCUGCGCAUGGACUCGCCGCGGCCUCCGACGCGCCCCGUGGCACCGGAGUCGCCCGCGCUGCGCGCCGUCCUGGCCGCACCGUGCUCGCCAGCGCUGCGCGCCCUCUUCGCCUCGCGCGCUUCCCUCGCACCCGAGCUGCGCCGCAGUCCCGAGCCUGCCCCCAGCCCCGUGGACACCACGCCACUGCAGCCAUCAUCACCGCCGAGCCUUAUUGAGCGAGCGUGCCUUGUCGAGCUGGCUCCGUCGCCGCCGAGCCUUGUCAAGCUGGCUUUGUCGCUGCUGACCUAUGUCGAGCCAGCUCCGACGCCGCUGCCCUUCGUGGAGCCGGCGGCCUCGCUGCCGAGCCUCGUGGAGCCGGCGGCCUCGCUGCCGAGCCUCGUGGAGCCGGCGGCCCAGCCGCCGUGCCCUCCGGCAGGCCGCGCGCCCGCGCCGCCCGCCCCGGCUCGGGCGCCGCCCCGGCUCGGGCGCCGCCCCCGCGCCGCGCCCCGAGCCCGCGCGGCGGCCCCCGCCGCACCAUCCUAUACUCUGACGAGGUGGGCUCCGGCCUUGGCGCGCUGCUGGCGGAGCGCUUGUCGCAGGGCGUCCUCAACAACUGUCACCCGGGGACCUCCGCCGAUCAACUGA